GGAAAAACACCUGUCAAGCUCAGUAUUGUUUUGGCCUCCAGCUACAGCACACAAACCUUUAUCGUCCAACCAAAAAUUAUAAAGGGCAUGCGGCUCAACAUGAAAUCAGUCGUGUUAAAGUUGUUCGUUAUAUUAUUGGUUUGGGUAAUGGUCGUUCUCGUUAUCCUUAGAAAUUCAAGUAAAGAAAGACUUUACGUCCAAAAUUUUCUAUUGAAUGGAAAUGUUGCCUUCAAUGGAAAUAUUGCCUUCAAUGAAAUGGCCUCCACCACUGUCGAUCCAAAAACUGAUGCAGGAAGUAUUCCUGACCUUCUUCCUGUGAUCGUUAAAGCAAAAGAAGGGGAAGAACCGCCAACUUCGUGUACGUGCAAGACAGCUCCUCUGUUUCGUCCUGAAGUUUAUCAAGAACAGCUGUCGAACCCGGUUUCAUGGCUGAACAUGAGCUCACUGGAAGUGCUGAUGAAGCACCAUCCCAAUUUCCCUUACAGCAUGAUCGUAAACACCAACAAGGAGUUCUGUGAGCUCCUACCAUCUUUACAUACAAUAGAAUGGGAUGAAACGUAUUACCAGGUCGUGGAAGCCUCUGACAGCACAACCUUCUUCCUAUACUCCGCCUUCUUGGACAACCGCCCACUCGCAGAUACACGUCCUUGCAUCAGGAUCCUAGCGUUCACGAAAGCCAAGAAGCUAACCAGACCUUGGUGCUAUACGUGGUUCAACACCACCGGUCCGCCUGCCGUGUCGCAGGUUAUCAGAACAGAUUUCGUGGACUGGCAGCCCAGGUCGCCCAACCACCACACGUGUUAUGUUCUCACCUGCCGGAUUCCUGAGACCGCGGAACACCUGAAACCUUUGGCUGUGUCUGUUGUUCGUCAGCCGUGUGAGAAAGCUCGGACACUGCUGCAGGUAACAGGAGCAAUGCAACGCAAUAACAAAACAGCCUACGUAGGAGGCGACUCGAAGAAAAUAAACGGCACUCCUCUGUGGAACGUGGCGGUGUGUGGACCGGCGCUUUUCUAUUACCACGACGACAUCUCCAUCCGCCUGGUGGAGUGGUUCGAGCUGCUUCGGGCGUUGGGCUUCGCCAAGGUGUUUCUGCUGCAGACCAAAGUCCAUCCCAACAUUGAGAAGGUCCUGCGGUACUACGAGGCGGAAGGUUUUACUAGUGUCACUAAGUUCUCAUACCCAGGACCGUAUGCCAACGAACCAAAUAUCCGAAGGCUGUGGGUUUUGCUGGAGCGAAGAAAACUUUUCGCAAUGGAGAACAUGUACUUCACCGACUGCGUCCUCCGCCACAUGCACGAGUACCGCUUCAUCUCCCACUUCGACCCCGAUGAGAUGCCGAUGUUGCCCAACCACGACUCCUUCCCCCUUUGGCUCCACGACCGGAUUGUGAAAUCGCACUCGUCAAAGCACCCUACAUCGUACGACCUGCAGUGGCACUACCACCACGACGACCUGGAGCUUAAUAACGACAAGUCACUUCCGGAGUACCUGUGGUUUCUGCGCCACACAAGAAGAGUGGACAUAGAUGUUUAUAAAAGUCUCAGUAAGCCCACCUACGACAUGGACUUAGUUACGGGCGUCUUCUCGCAUGGGGCUGUGACCUGUGUUUAUGGGAAAUGCAUCAGAAAAGCCAGAAAGUGCCCCCGAAAGGUGGCGUACCUUGGCCACUACCGGAGGGACUGCGGAGAGAAAUGUAAAGCACCGAAAGCAGUAGUGAAUGAACCUUCCCUUCUUAAGUACAAGGAUGAGGUGUCCUCGGCCGUCAGAAGGGUUUUGGUGGCACUGGAGUUGAUAUGAAGCGUGUUGGAUCUCCUUGUCGCAUAUACUUCUGGGUAACGGAUGUCCUGAAGUAUCUUUAUUGCAGAGGUACAAUAUGCUCUUUUUUAUUAAUAUCAAAACUAAAGACAAAUAUUGUUGUUU